AUGGUCGGAUUCGAAAUCCACUAUCGCCCGGGCAAGCAAAACGUCGUCGCCGACGCUCUUUCCCGCAAGGCCCAGGACGUGCAGUUACAGAAGGCGCUCAAGGAGUUGAACCGCUCGCAGAUCCUAAUCCCAGCAACUCAGUUUGCAGGGGCACGACGGAGGGCUGCUAUAGCCGCAGGCGCCGCAGGCGGAGACGACCCUACUAUUGCCAUAUAUACCCCCGGUUCCGCAAGACAAGCCGAGACCCCAAACUCUAGAGAUGGGGAGCAAGCAGAGAUACCAGACUCCCGGUUCCAAGUCCAGAGUGGCCUCCUCUGUUACGAUGGACGACUAGUCGUCCCCGACGAGGCGAACCUACGGACUGCCCUUUGUCACGAGGCGCACCGUCCGCGAAGUCAGGCACAUCCCGGCCGGAAUAAGAUGAGGAAGAUCUUAACGAGACGAUCGCGGGCCGCAGUUUAUUUCGAGCUUUGGAACGAACUUUGUCGCCUCGUGGGGACGAAGAUGAAGCUAUCUACGGCCGAACAUCCUCAGACGGACGGUCAGACCGAGAUAAUAAACCAGUUCCUACAGACAAAGCUCCGUCCCUAUCUAGACUACUACCAGGAUAACUGGUCCGAAAUGCCCUGCUUGGAUUUCGCACACUCAACCCACCCACACGAGAGCAUCGGUCUAGCACCUGCGGAGCUUGAGAUGGGAUACUUACCCCGAAUGUCAGAGCAGCUAGGGCGAACAGCGGCGCAGCAGUUCGCCUCCCGGGCCGCCGAGGGGUCCGGUGGGGAGGUCGACUGGGAGUGA